AUGGGAAGGUUGAAGUGACAAAGGAAGGAGUGAAGCUGUGCACCAUGGGGCCUGGCAAGGUUUUUGGGGAGCUGGCCAUCCUCUACAACUGCACCCGGACCGCCACCGUCAAAACUCUCGUAAAUGUGAAACUUUGGGCUAUUGAUCGGCAAUGUUUUCAAACAAUAAUGAUGAGGACUGGCCUCAUCAAGCAUACUGAGUAUAUGGAAUUUUUAAAAAGCGUUCCCACAUUCCAGAGCCUUCCCGAGGAGAUACUCAGUAAGCUCGCAGAUGUCCUUGAAGAGACACACUAUGAAAGUGGAGAGUACAUCAUCAGACAAGGAGCUCGAGGGGACACCUUCUUCAUCAUCAGCAAAGGAAAGGUGAACGUCACUCGGGAAGACUCCCCCAGUGAAGAUCCCGUCUUCCUCCGCACCCUGGGGAAGGGAGAUUGGUUUGGAGAGAAAGCCCUUCAAGGGGAGGACGUCAGAACAGCCAACGUCAUUGCGGCCGAGGCGGUGACGUGUCUGGUCAUAGACAGAGACUCCUUCAAGCAUCUCAUCGGCGGCCUGGAUGACGUUUCCAACAAAGCCUAUGAAGAUGCAGAAGCAAAAGCAAAAUCUCCUUCCCCUCCCAGAGGAAGUUAGAGAUGCCAUAGCUUUAAUGUCUGGUUUAGCUGCCACUCAAAUGUUCACUUUCUGUAAGAAAAUCUAAACCAGGAGGUAAUGCUAUUUUCUCCUGAUGUGAAAGGCAUGAAAGGCAAGUACACUGCAAGCUGGAGUGAUGGGGGGUCCCAGAGAAAUUCCCAGCCCUGACAACAUGAACUGGAAAAGAAAGACAGCCUUUCUUUUCAGUGCAAUGGUCUGUGCAGCUGGAGCUUUCAAUCCCAUUGUCACCACCAGCACAUUGCUUUUCAAAAUCCAAAUAAAGUGGCUCUUGAUUUGGAUUUUGAGUUGAAGGUGUAAGACGUAGAAGGAAGUGGUAGCAGCUAAACCAGGAGUUAAAGCCACUGCAUUGCUGACCUCAGAAGGAUGGGCUGGAAGGAGGAGACCUGAACUCAGGAAAAGCUGGGUUAUUAGCUCUCAUACUUUCUCCCUGCAUCCCUCUGUCUGCAGCUCCGUGUAGGUAGAUCCAUACACAUCUUUCACUCUUUCAGUGUUGUUUGCAAUUAGAAAAAAUGCCAGAGUGGACAAUGAGCUUGAAGUUCUUCUUGGUCUUCCUUGGGGCAGGGCAGCAAAUCCUCAUCUGCCAGUAGACCCUCUCUGACCGGUCGAGUUGGGUGGGUAACACCACGGCAUCCAUCCCUCCAGGAAUGGCUUGGCAUUGGAAUAGCAAAUACCAGGCAGAAAUGAUCUGUGGGCACAUUAGCGUGCCAUCAGUCUGUGUGGAAGGGCAGAGAACCCCACUGGGAUUUAGGGAAUGGCUCCCUGGUUACCACCGUUCAGGGCUGGGUGGGAUCCUUCAGGCCCAUGGGAGCUGUCACAGUCAUCUCGUGCUGCUACUUUUAUCUGACAACUCACUGUCUCCCAUCAGUGUUUUCCUGCUUUCCCUGCCAAUGGAGAUGUCCUGGAAUAAUUUUGUCAUCCCUGUGUUUGUGAACAUGCUGUUUAUUGCUAAUAAAUGGCAAUAAUGUGACAGAGCCUGAAGUGAA